AUGGUAGACAAGCGGAAGCGGGCUGGCUCCGAUGCCGCAUCCUCGGCACAUGCCGACUCGGACGAUGCAUCGCAACAGGCUGUCCCAGAACGCAGCGUAGAAGAGGAGGCAACCAAGCAAAACAAGGCACUCGACCCGUUUUCGGACGGUGUUGAGCUCCAAGAAGCGCUCAAGACACCCUCGGCCGACCAGUUGCGGCUCUUGCUCUCCAGACUUCGCAGUCAGACGACUCUCUCCUUCGCCGAAAACACGCAAAGGUCCACCAUUCCUGCCAGUGACAAGCGCAUUCAGCUCGUCAAGGACUACUGCCAGCUUUGCGAGGCGCAAGCUUCCAACUCUGGGCCGUCGACAUCAGCUGCCGCUUCCAUCUUCUCGACCUGGGAGCUUGCAGAUCGUCAAGACCUGCCUACUCUACUGCAUCUCCCCAUCUUCUGCCUUGCACAGUCCCUCGCCCUCCUCUCGAUCCACUACCCCACCCAUGCACUCGGAUCAAACAUUGUCGAACGCAUUCUCUCGCCAAAUCAACCAUGGUUGUCGAUGCUGCACAACUACAUUUCCAACCUCGGUGGGGCCAAGUUCGCCUCGUCCAAGCAGCGCGAUCCUCGCACCUCCAAAGGCUCAGACGUCGCUGCUCUAGCAUCACUCGUCCUGCUUCGCGAGAUCUCCACGUUUGCUAAAGGCCGGUAUUCAGCCAAGCUAUUCGACUCUUUCAACUGGUCCAUGAAAGUGCUUCCUCACAUCUUCAACAUGCGCCGAAGGUCCAAUCGCAAAUCCAAGACCUCCAAAAAGUCUCAAGUUGCGCAAGACGUGUCUCUUCGUCGACCCGACAUUCGCACGCUCUACAUUCUUUUCCUCCUUUCCUUCCUCCAGCAGAGCUACUCGCAUACGCUCAAGCUUCGUCUCUUGGACCUCGGUCGAGAUUUCCUCCCUGCCAUUCUCAAAGGGCUUCCACAGGAUCCACCAGAUGUCGUCCAGACCAUCCUGCUACACCUUCACGACGACCUUGUCAAUGACACAAGAAUCCCCCGCAGCAAAAAGGUCGAGUUCUGGAACGAGUGGGCUUGCGGCUGCGUGGUCCAACUCUACGCGCGCGAAGACGAGCACGUCCUCAUCCACGCCGAUACCCAACAGGUCGAGAAUCCCUCGGUUGCCGAACUCGCCCAUCACUUUCUCCUCAGCAUGUGCACCAACCCUGGUUUCGGCAUAUGCUAUCCUGAUCGAGGAUGGUAUCCUCGCAAGACCACAGGAAGCGCUGAUGCUGCCGACGUUGCGGGCCAAGGACGAAACGAUGUAUUACUCGAUGGUGCUGACAAUGACGGCGGCUUCGCAGCAGAGACCAGUGUCUUGCAAAAGAGCAAGAACAGCGUCGGAGGGUCCAUCUACAACAAAGUGCUCUCCGGCGUCAUCCGACAGCUUGCCCCUUCCGAGGAUCUGCGUCAACAAGAACUUGCACUUAGCAUCCUCACAGCCUGUCCUGAGCUCGUUGGGCCGUACCUCGAAAGCUCCUGCGCCGGUCUCAGCGUUGACCCAAGACCCAGCUCGCGCUGGCUCUGCAACAUGGCCUAUUUCGGCCGCGUCGUCGGGCUAGAGCUGCCCUCCUUUCGGAACGCCAAGGUCGAGCAUCUCGAAAAUUCGGAAGCCGCCGCAGCCGGAGCGCUGGUCCCGCACGCACAUAGAAUGUUUGCAUCCGAGCCUCCUCCUAUGUCAAACAUUCUCGCCAACAUUCUUCCGGGCCCAUUUCAUCGCUCUCUGUUCAGCCAAGGCCUCAACAGUACCGAUCAGCUCGUGCGAUAUUCAUCUUGUGCGCUCUUGUGUCGAUGCUUGGAUCGUAUGGUUCGAUUCCGCAACAUCUGCAUGAGCGCCAUCUCGGAGCUUGAUGAGGACGAAAAUGGUCCCUGGCGCCGCCGUCUCGAUGCACUGGAAAUGGAGGCGCGAAGACGUAUUCCGGACAUCUCGAUCAUCAUUCAGAUUCUCCAAGUCGCUACUUCACGGCCGAGUCCCAACGGUCACCCACAGCCUACUGGCGCAGAAGCGAUUGCGGACAAUGAUACUGUCUCGGAGAAGGACAGCAUGAUCUCUACCGAAGUGGCUCUACGUUUGCUCUCGCUCUAUUAUCAGGCUGUUCCAAGCUCAGCUUUCGAUGUCCGCUUCAACGCAGGCAAGCUCCUGACCAAUGCCUUCAUCCAUUCAUCCGUAUCCGUCUCUACUCAACCGGUAGAUGAGGAUUCUGAUAUGGCCAACGGAGCAGCAGGUACGGCCGAAGCAUCAGCGCACGGUGAGGCGGUGGAAAUCAGCGACAACGAGGCAGACGAAGACGACAGCGGGGAGAUCAACUUGGAGGCCCUCUGCCAAGUGCAUACUCUGCGCAUCCUGUCACACUCUGCCCGUGCAGCAUCUUUCGACUGGACCGCCAAGCCGAGCGGAUCGAGCAGCAACCUCAGCUAUCUCGGUCUGCUCCUCACACUCUUCGUCUCUACGCCCUUGCACCAAGUCAAGCAAGCGUGCAACGAUCUUCUUCGUUCGCUUCUCGCCAAUUCGUCCAUCUUUGAACACUACCCUUCCGAACUCGAAGUCUGGCUCGCAAGCCUGCCGCAAUCGGAUGCUCGAUCUGCUGGCAAUCGUGAGCAGAGUGCAGGCAAUGCAGGUCAUCACCUGUCUGCUGACCAGCAGUCUGUCGUUGCCUUCCUGGACGAGUGCAUGCUUCGAUGCGCAAAGACCCCGUACCGCUACAUCGAAGCUGCCCGCCAGUAUGCGCAAGAACACGGAAAGGAGGAAAAGCGUCCCUCAAAGGGCACGUCUGUAUCCGCGGAUCUACUGGCGUCACCCUGGCUCAUGGCAGUCUAUGAACAGUUCACCAUCAGAGUCGAGAAGGGACUGUUUUCGAGUGAAGACGGGACGGUCAUUGGGUUGACAGCUUUCUUUGCUCGCCUAUUUCCUGUCCUAUGUGCGUACUCUCGACAGACAUCUGCUCUUGAGACCAUGGCGAUCAGCAUCUCCGAAUACAUCCGUGGUAACCCAAAGUACGAAGCAUCCUCCUUCUUGGCGUCGACCCUACUCAGCAAAAUUCGCAGCAUUCGUACAGCCCCGAAGGCUUCUACUCAGAAGAACAUAAAAAAUCAGCGUUCUCAAUCGGCAUCAUCUGCCCUGUUCCUUGGCUCUUCGACUCCAGAGAACCUCAGGGGUCGUCUACGAAGCGUCCAGAGACCGCUGACUCAGGCGCAGGUUCUGGAACUCUACGAAGCGACCCAGACGUUGCGCGACAGCGGUUUCGUGUCUGUUUCGCAAAUUCUGGAGGAACUCGAUCCGACGGCAGAGAAUAUCGUGACAGCUGCUUUCGACGGAAGCGAGGAGGUUGCCUACGGGGCUGCGCCAGUGCUUCAUUUACCGUCAAAUGUGAAGUUCGUAGCUCCUGUUCGCGACGACUUCAUGAGCACCACAGAUGCAGAUGAAGCUCAAACACCCGUGGCCCUGUUGGUAUGGAACACAAAGCAUCAGGCUCGGCUGGCUAUUUGGACCGCCUUGCUCCGAUCGCAAAGUCUGGAAGAUGACGAUGACGUUGAGGAGCCGUUGCCGCAUGUCACCUCGCUCCUCUCGAUAGCGGAUGCUUCUGGUCAUUUGGCGGACGAAGACGUCAAGCACUUCCUCUUUGUAGAUGGUGUUUCCGCUUUCGACUCUGGCGUGCAUGGUAAAAGCACGACUGGCGUCUUGUGUCGAAUCAGCCAUCUUGUUGUCAAGUACCUCGAUCCAAGCCGCAAGCAACAUGCCCAGAUGGUAUUGUCGGUAUACCAGCAGGUCGAGCAGGGUGAAGCUUUCAACGGCAACUUCUUCCGUUCCAUGACGCAGCUGGUUCCUUUCUUGCCCGACGGCCAUAUACGAGACCUGGUGGAAAAGUGCACACACGCACUCGAGACCACGGGGGCGGAAGAUGACGUCGGCCUCUUGGCUGCAGAGACGCUCUCUGUUCUGGUUGCCUCUCUCGACUCAACAUCCGAGAUUUGGACGACGUUGAUGCUGCGACUGCGAGAUAUCAUUGAAGCGGCCUUGAAGCCUAGGAAGGAGCAUGAUGAAGAAGACGACGAAGCAAGGACAAGCCGUCAGCAGUUGCUUUUCGGCGCCAUUCAGUCGAUCUUUCAGUAUGCGCAUCACCAUGCAAACUCAUCGCGGCUUCAAGACCUCGCCACGGUUGAUUUCACCAGCCUCGCUCAAGCUAGUGUCGUUCCUCCUUCCAUGGACGGCGCAUUCGUAGCGGCUAUUCACGCAUCUCCUGUCCUCGCUGCAUCUGCAGCCAGGACAGUGCUGUCCAUGCUGGCUGCAUCAAAUGACUCGAAUCAGGACCGCUUCAUUAGAGCCAUGCCAUGCACCUUGUUGACUCUAUUGUCGGCUCUACUCGACCAAGAUUCGCCGGCACUCGCCCAACAAGAAUGGACUGAGGACCAUCUCGAGCCCGUUGUCAGCCUUGCUGUAUCUGCAGUGCUGGACGACAACGACGCUUUUGAGAUGGUGCAGAAGUAUACCUCUUGUCUCAGUGCUUCCGUUCAAUGCGCUCACAACUUCGGGUGGGCCAAAACGCAGAACCAGGUUGCAGGCAAGCUCCUCAACUUUGUCAAGGCCGCUGUCGACACGGCACCGUCGAAAGCUUUCCGUGGCUCGCUGAUCGAGGUCUUGCUGGAUUUGAUCGAAAAAGUCGCCGAUUUUCCUCAACUCUCCGACAUCUUGCAGGCUACCAUUGACGCAGCCUUGCUCUGGCUUGUCCGGCGAUUCGCCGAAGACAACAAUGACUCGAAAGAUCUUGUUCAGACCAUCGUCCUGUUUACUUCAUUGGUGAAUCGCAUCAGCGACGACGACCGUUUUGGCGUUCAGCUGAAAAAAUCGCUUGUUGAUCCCGUCAUUCAAGCAGCUAUCAAGAACCGAUUGCGCGCUCCAGACCAGAUGCAGCUCGUUCUGGCACUCUGCACCCACUCGGAUCUCGAACCGACGCAUAUGUCGCGCUACCUGGGAGCUCUGUCCGCCCACUCUGACUUCAACUCGGUCAUGCGCGGAACUGCCACGAUCCAGCGUCCUCUUCUGCCUGACUCGGACGCAGAUGAGGAAGAGCUUGUUGAGUCGACAUCGCAGGACAGAGACAGCGAGAAGCCGGAGCAGCUUAAGCAGCGUAUGGUGAAACUCGUCUACACGAUCGCCAGACGCGAUGGCAAAGCACUGCUGCGGGCACCGCUCUUGACCAAGCUCUUGACGUUUUAUGGCGCGAGUUUGUCCAAGUCGGAUCGAAUGCUUUUGGCACUGUUCAGACAGUUCGAAGAAGAGUGCGAGCAGUCAUUCGCCGGCUUUGUGCAGGGCUGGACGUUGCCGUCAUCAUCAAGCGGCGGGUCGAGCGCAGUGGGUGGUGGUCAGGACACGCUAGAGGCACUGCAGUCGCUCGAUGCCAACGUGGUGUUUGCCACGUGCACCGAGUAUCCUCGUUCGCUCUCGCUGCGGAAUGCGAUUUACAGCGGCUACGAGCACGACAACGAGGACGACGACCCCACGCUGCCGGGCCAAGUGUACGGAAAGCACACAGAUGCUGCUCAACGCUACGACCCAGUGUUUGUCUCUUCGCUACUGGCGGGUGUCACAGGGCCGGAUGUCAAGCUGACCGGGUUGCAGUGGGUGGCGGUGUUUGCUACCAAUGCGCCGGGACUGGCCGUGUGCGGACUGUCGUCCCGAUGCACCGAUAUGCGCCGAGCCAGCUUGACGCUCGUUUCGAAUCUCUACCUUGCUGUCAGGGAGGCCGAGUUCCAGGAGAAAGACCACCUGAUCAUGGUGCUCGACUUACUCCGUGACGCGCUUGACUCGACUGCUACCAUCCAGGGUACUGCGUCCGCCACCACCACUGCAUCCGACGCACCGUACCUCCCCACCACUGCCACGCUCUUCAUUGCACACGCGCUGCGCUCGGUGACCACGCCCGCCUCAUUCAUCUAUCCAGUCAUCUCGCACUUCCUGCUGCAACGGCCGGAGCUCGACGUCGGCGACGUACCUUUGCUGUACAAUUUGCUGUAUACCGCCUCGGACAAGUACAAACAGGAGCGCAUGUGGAUGCUGCGGUUCUUGCGCGACGUUGCGCGCUCGGGCGGACGAAGCGAUUGGAAGGUUUUCAAACGUCGACGUACGUGGGAGCUGCUUGCCUCGCUGUACGAUGCGUGUGACGGCGCAGGUAGUGUGAUGGCGAGCUCGGAGCGCGCGGUGGAGGAGAUGUCGAUGCAGGCAUUGAUCGAGGAUACGACGGCUUGGCUAGUUCGGAAUAAUGAUGUGGCGAUUGAGCUUGUGACGAGGAGGGGGCUGCUGACGUGGAUGUGGCAGCAAGCUGUGCGCGAAGGAGUGGUUGCGAUCGCUGAACAUCACGUUAGCACGAUAGAUCCACCGUCGACCUCAAUCCUGACGCUGAGAAGUAUCUGGAUGCUACUCCUCGCCCAAAUCACCAGUAGCAUCGAUCUGGACCGCCUCGACCGCGCCACAGACUCGGCCUGGCUUGCUCCCACCAUCACGCUCACAUUGACCACGGUGAAAGCUCUCCACAAUUGCUCUUCUAGCGCCGGCCGAAGUCUACCGUCCGUCUCUGCCGAUCAAGUGCGCACCAUCUCAAGCUGCGCCACCUUGAUUCUGGACAGGAUUGUCGCGUUCGCCGAUCAAUCUUCGUCAGCGAUGGGCUUGUGGGGGGAGAGCAUCAUCGAAAUGCUGAUGCUGGUCAUGGAUCUGGCUGACACGGCUCUUGAAGUGGAUAGAGCGGACAACGUGUGGCAGGAGUCCUGUUUGCGCGUCCAGAGGUGUGCACUUGCUUGGGCAGCAACAAACACAGGCAAGGAGCAGGAAAAGGAGCUGGUGAAGUUGGUCCGUAGGUCGACGGGUGUUUGUCGACGAUUCGAUUCUGAAACUGCGUCGCUGGUCAUUUCGACUCUGUUCUCACCCUUAGUAUGA